CGUUUCCGAGUUUGUUGUGUCUGGAGGCUGAGUAUAGGAGAUUCUAGGAUGCCACGUGAAAGCCUGCAGAGUCGCAUUUCCCGGGUGUCUCCUCCGGCCAGCCGAGCCCCUCAAAUGAGGGCUGUUCCCAGAAGAGCACCUGCAGCUCAGCCUCCAGCAGCAGCUGCACCAUCUGCAGUUGGCUCACCUGCCGCUGCACCCCAGCAGCCAGGCCUGAUGGCCCAGAUGGCAACCACUGCAGCGGGUGUGGCCGUGGGCUCUGCCGUGGGGCACACCCUGGGUCACGCCAUCACUGGGGGCUUCAGUGGAGGAGGUAACGCUGAGCCCGCAAAGCCUGACAUCACUUACCAGGAGCCUCAGGGAUCCCAGCUGCUGGACCAGCAGUCUCGUGGGCCUUGCUCUCUUGAGAUCAAGCAGUUUCUGGAGUGUGCCCAGAACCAGAGUGACGUCAAGCUGUGUGAGGGCUUCAACGAGGUGCUGCGGCAGUGCAGAAUUGCAAAUGCGGACCAUCCCACAACAGUGCAUCGUGUAGAGAGGAAUGUUAAGAAAAGAAGAUACAAUGAGGAUUUCCUACAGUAUGGCUUCACCUCAAUAAUUACAGCAGGGAUUGAGAAGCCGCUGUGUGUGAUUUGCGGUGGUGUUCUGUCAGCAGAAUCUAUGAAGCCAAACAAGCUGAGACGCCAUUUUGAUAGCAAACACCCGACCUUUGCCGGCAAGGAUACCAGCUAUUUUAGAGGCAAAGCCGAUGGACUCAAGAAAGCCAGAGUUGACAGUGGCAGCAAGUGCCACAGACAAAACGUAGUAGCUGUUGAAGUGUCAUAUUUGGUGGCGCUCAGAAUCGCCAGGAGCAUGAAACCUCAUACCUUUGCUGAGCACUUGCUCUUCCCGGUGGCCAAAGACAGUGUCCGCGUUAUGAUCGGAGACGAAUUUGUUACACAGUUGAGCGCAGUUUCCUUAUCUAACGACACUGUCCGCCGAAGGAUACAUGACAUGUCUGCUGAUAUUCUUGAUCAGGUGGUCCAGGAGAUUAAGUCUGCUCCACUUCCAAUAUUCAGUAUCCAGCUCGAUGAAUCCACAGACGUUGCAAACUGUUCGCAGCUAAUGGUUUACGUGAGGUAUAUUAAUGACGGCGACUUUAAAGACGAGUUUCUUUUCUGCAAACCUCUUGAAAGGACAACUAGUGCCCGUGAGGUAUUUGACACAGUUGGCUCGUUUCUGAAAAAGCACCAGAUCCCUUGGGAAAGCAUCUGUGGCGUUUGCACAGACGGUGCCCCAGCCACACUGGGCUGUCAGUCUGGAUUUCAGCGUUUGGUGAUAAAUGAGUCACCAAAGGCCAUCGGAACUCACUGUAUGACCCAUCUGCAAACAUUAGCAAUGAAGACGCUGCCACGAGAGUUACAGGAAGUCUUGACAAGCGUCAUAAGUUCUGUCAAUUUUGUCAAGGCGAGCUCUUUAAACGGUCGGCUGUUUUCCCAACUGUGCAGUAAUAUGGACACCCCAAACAAGACCCUGCUGCUUCAUACUGAAGGACGAUGGUUAUCGAGAGGAAAAGUUUUAAAAUGUAUUUUUGAGCUUCGUGAUGAACUCAGAAUGUUUUUUAAUCAGAAAGCAAGACCGCAGUUCGAAGCACUUUUCAGCAGUAAAAGUGAAUUGCAGAAAAUAGCUUACUUGGUUGACAUCUUUGCCAUCUUGAAUGAGUUACAUUUAUCGCUGCAGGGAGCAAAUGCAACAUGCCUCGAUUUGUCUGAAAAGAUCCAGUCGUUCCAAAUGAAACUUCAGCUUUGGCAAAAAAAGUUGGAUGAAAAUAAAAUUUACAUGUUGCCUACCUUGUCUGCCUUCUUUGAGGAACACGACAUUGAACCCCACAAAAGGAUCACGAUGAUAAUUUCUGUGAAAGAACACUUGCACGCACUUGCAGGUGAAAUUUCAUGGUAUUUCCCAAACCUACCUGAUGUCCCUUUUGCCCUCGCCAGGAGCCCAUUCACUGUGAGAGCUGACGACGUGCCUGCGCCGGCGCAAGAGGAGUUCACCGAGUUUCUCAAGAAUGAUGCAGCCAGAGCGGAUUUCUCCACAAUGCCAGUUACAACCUUCUGGAUCAAGUGCUUGCAGUCAUACCCUGUUAUUUCUGAGACCGUGCUGCGCCUCCUCCUUCCCUUCCCAACAGCGUGUCUUUGUGAAGCAGGGUUCUCCAGCUUGUUGGUUAUCAAGUCGAAAUACAGAAGCAGACUUGCUGUGGAAGACGACCUUCGCUGUGCUAUCGCGAAGACCACCCCGAGGAUUUCCGAUCUCGUGAGAAAGAAGCAGUCUCAACCUUCCCACUGACUUUGCCUUUUUACACAUACUGUCCCGAAAUGGAGCAAUGUAGUUUACUGUCAUUCCAUUAAGACUGCUACCUGUGCCAUACCAUGCCUCAAGACCAAAAUUUCAUUUUUCCGUCAUU